AUGAAAUAAAAAUUUUGGAUAGCUAUUCCAAAUGAAUUGAAGUGGAAAAAUGAAAAACCCAUUUUGAAAUCUGAAUUCCAAAAGUCCAAUUAAAAAAAGGUGAGAUAUUUGAUCGCUUAUGAUCAUUAUAUUCUCUUUACAAAAAAGCCUGAGGAUCCUCCAAAAAAAUAUCUGAAGCUGGAUUUCGAAACGAAAUACGAAAUCCUCAGAACCCAAGUUUAAAAGAAGGAUGAAGAUGACGAUUCGUUGGGUACUAUAAUAGGAAUGAAUCUAAUGAGAGAUCAUGGAUAAGAUCAAAUGACAAGUUACUCUUUAUCAGCUAGUGAAAAAGUGAUAGCUUAAUGGAGAGAAUUUUUUUAAUCUAGAAUUAAUUAAUGGUAAUUUCAUCAUCUUUUCAGAGUAUUCAAAAAAAUCGGAAAGGGUAAUUUUGCAUCUGUUUAUUUGGGGGAACGCAUCGAAGACGGUGCCUAGAUGGCAAUUAAAGCAUUUUCAAAAUAAGCAGCAUAUGCUGAAGAUCAUGGAAAAGAGGCCAUCGUGAAUGAAUUAACAAUCAUGAGAAAAUUAAACAAUCAUCAUCUAAUGAAAAUGUAUGAGAUUUAUGAAACCUCAAACUCCCUUUAUGUUGCACUCGAAUUGUUGGAAGGUGGUUCAUUAUACGAUCUAAUCAAAGAGAAGGUGAUAUUGUCUACGAAACAAAUGUAAUAAAUAUUGGUUGGAAUCCUAUAAGGAUUGUGUCAUAUGCAUGAAAAAGAUAUCAUGCAUAGAGAUCUAAAGUUAGAAAAUAUUUUAUUCAAAUAACCAAAGAAAAUGGAAACGGUAGUCGUGGCAGAUUUUGGUUUGGCCACUCAUGUAAAUGAACCAGUUUAUUUGUAUUGCAGAUGCGGAACUCCUGGCUAUGUUGCACCUGAAGUCAUCAACAUUAAAGAUAUGAAAGCCCAUUAUAGUUCUGUCUGUGACAUUUACAGUCUUGGUUUAGUUUUUUAUUUGCUAUUAACUGGCAAACCUGCUUUUCCUGGAAAAAGUUACGGCACUGUAGUCAAGCAAAAUAGAGAAGCUACCAUUGAUUUCACCUUGAAAUAAUUGCAAAAUGCUCCUAAUACGGCAAUUGAUUUAUUGAGAAGAAUGCUUGAAAAGGAUCCUAAUAAAAGAAUCACUGCGCAUUAAUGUUUGUAGCAUGCUUACUUGGCAGAAAUGAACUAAAUUAUGUUAGAAGAUAACUAAAACGAUUUUAUUGACGAAGGAGAGGACAAUGAUUUGGGAAUGAGAAUGAAUGCCUUGAAUGAAGAAUCGGCUAAGUUUGAUGCAUUCAGAAGAAAUCAAUUGAUGAAUUCGCCUUAAUCAUCGCCAGGUGCUUUGGCUACUAAACAACUGAAGCAUUAAAAAAAUAUUGAUUCUUCAAAUUAAUUACAAUUGAAUUCACCUUUAUUGACUGGUAAAACUGACAGUGUUGACAGCAUUCCUAAUAUUGGAAUGACUUAAUAGAAAUAGUAAAAUGCUUUUCAAGCCUCUCCUCAAAUUAAACCUUCCCGUUUUAAACAAAACGUCCCCUAACAAAAAUAAGAGAAUCCAUUAUUAAAAUAUACUUCAAAGAAAGAAUGA